AUGUCGGGGAACGACGGCCACGAUAGCGGCAGACGACCGCGCUCUACAUCGCGAUCGCGUCCGACAACACCCCUCCGCCCCUCAUCCCGCUCCUCGUUCCGCGAAUCUGCUCGGCGUAGUGUUGAAGGUAGCGAACCCUUUCCGUUGAAUACAUUCGAGCCCGCUUUCGCCGAACUUUCUGAUGCCGUUGCCGAUCUCGAGGCGAAUAUGAUGCAUUUCCAAUUGAUGCACGAAAGUCUUGCCCGCUUCAGUGAAAGCUUCGCAAGCUUUCUCUACGGUCUAAAUAUGAAUGCUUUUUGCGUUGAUUUCCCAGAAGGCCCAAUUCCGGAAUCUUUCCGUAGGGCGAAGCUCAACGAAGAGCAAACACCCUCAGUUCCCGUUAGAUCAAGAAGUACAGAACGAGGCGGUGAAUUGGAUGGAGAGACAACAUUUAUGACUACGGACACAUCUUUCGUAGAACAUCCGCCGACCGUCUCUAAACCCACCCCGAAGAAGUUUGCGACACCAGAUACUCGCCAAUCCCGCAUGCCUGGUCCUUCGAGAGGUGGUACACAAUCGCGAGGUAGAGGUGGAACAGGGACGGGAAGAGGUCGUACAAGUGGCCUCGUUAGACCUAGAGCUCGCGGUUUGAGAUGA